CUCUAACAUCAUCCUCAACAUCUUUACAUAUUUGGUAAGACUAAUGGCAAAGGUUGCAUACUUAGCAGUGGUAUUAAUGGUGGUGGUGGCGGCUCUUAUGCUGGUGAAGCCGGGUGAAGCUCUAACAUGUGGUGCACCCGAGGAACAGAGAACAGGAGCAGUCUGCAAUGUUUAUACCAGAGGUGAUCAACCAGAGCCAUCUGGUGAGUGCUGCAAUGCGUAUAGAGCACUACGUGCAACAGCCAAGACACGAGCAGAAAGGAGACAAUUGUGUUCUUGCGUCCAGGAAGCAACUUCACAGAGCAGAUAUAAUCGUGGUGCUCCUGCUAAUCCUGCUGCUCGUAUUCCAAGAUUUGAUUCUCUGUCAGAAAAAUGCGGACUUCCUUUUCUAUUCUCUGCUGAUCCUGAAUUCGAUUGCAAAACAGUAAAUUGAGGUCACUUUCUUGCAUGGAAAAGCAGUUGGAGGACAAACAAUAAUGCUAUAAGUCUAUAACUACUUGUAUUUCUGCGCUAUUCAUAAAUAAGAGAUAACUAUAUGUACGCGGGUGUUACAACACAAAGAAAGAGUACUCAACCAAACUAUUCAAAUAGCUACAUGAAUAAAAUAUAUAUACACACAUUGCUACA